AAACAUCCGAAGGCAGAAAAACUGUAACACUUUUGACAGAGGGGGUCGGGGGGUGGGGGGCCGGGGACAGCUUUGAAAGCCGGGGCAAAGGGACCCAGCGGGACACGAACAGCCCGGUGGUGGAGGCAGCGAUGUGAGCUGGACGCCCGCCCUGGAGGAGUCUGGACCGAAGGUCUCCGGAGAGUCGCCGGCCGUGCCAGGAAGUCAACUUCAAGCAGACUGACUUGAACCAGGAUCUCAUUUGGGAAGGAUAAGUGUCCAAUAAACUCUGUGGUCUAUUUUUUUAAUUUGGAAAAUACUCAAGUUUCAGUAGCUAAUCAUCCUAUACCUUCUGAAAACCUGGCAAUCCCAUGUGGACUUCUGGUAGAAUGAGCAAUGCAAAGAGCUGGCUUGGACUUGGCAUGUCCUUGUAUUUCUGGGGACUGAUGGACCUAACAACCAUCGUUCUAUCGGGCACCCCAACACCACCAGGCGAAUUAGAAGCCCUCCUAUCAGACAAGCCACAGUCACAUCAGCGAACCAAGAGGAGCUGGGUUUGGAACCAGUUUUUCGUUCUGGAAGAAUACACUGGGACCGACCCUUUGUAUGUUGGCAAGCUUCAUUCAGAUAUGGACAGAGGAGACGGAUCCAUCAAAUACAUCCUCUCAGGAGAGGGUGCAGGCAUCGUAUUUACCAUUGACGACACCACUGGAGACAUCCACGCCAUUCAGAGGCUCGAUCGAGAGGAGAGAGCCCAGUAUACGUUACGGGCUCAAGCCCUAGACAGGCGAACAGGCAGGCCGAUGGAGCCAGAGUCAGAAUUCAUCAUCAAAAUCCAAGACAUCAAUGAUAAUGAGCCCAAGUUCCUGGACGGACCUUAUGUUGCCACUGUGCCCGAAAUGUCACCAGUGGGUACCUCUGUUAUCCAGGUGACAGCCACAGAUGCUGAUGAUCCAACCUACGGCAACAGUGCUCGGGUCGUGUACAGCAUUCUCCAGGGCCAGCCAUACUUUUCUGUGGACUCCAAAUCAGGUGUAAUUAGGACAGCACUCAUGAACAUGGACAGAGAAGCAAAAGAAUACUAUGAAGUGAUCAUUCAAGCCAAGGACAUGGGAGGGCAGCUUGGAGGAUUAGCAGGGACCACAACGGUCAACAUCACCCUCUCGGACGUCAAUGACAACCCACCCCGCUUUCCUCAGAAACAUUAUCAGAUGAGUGUGUUGGAAUCAGCUCCAAUUAGCUCCACUGUGGGGAGAGUGUUUGCCAAGGACUUGGAUGAAGGAAUCAACGCAGAGAUGAAAUACACUAUUGUGGAUGGAGAUGGUGCAGACACCUUUGACAUCAGCACAGAUCCCAAUUUCCAAGUUGGCAUCAUAACUGUGAAGAAGCCCCUGAGUUUUGAAAGCAAGAAGAGCUACACCUUAAAGGUGGAAGGAGCCAAUCCUCACCUAGAGAUGCGUUUCCUGAACCUCGGCCCGUUUCAGGACACAACCACAGUGCACAUCAGUGUGGAGGAUGUGGAUGAGCCCCCUGUAUUUGAACCUGCCUUUUACUUUGUGGAGGUACCUGAGGAUGUGGCCAUUGGAACAACCAUACAGAUCAUUUCCGCUAAAGACCCAGAUGUGACCAACAACUCAAUCAGAUACUCCAUUGACAGAAGCAGUGACCCUGGAAGAUUUUUCUAUGUGGAUAUUACAACAGGUGCCCUAAUGACUGCAAGACCCCUAGACCGUGAAGAAUUUUCUUGGCAUAAUAUCACUGUCCUUGCUAUGGAAAUGAACAAUCCCUCUCAGGUUGGAAGUGUUCCUGUCACAAUCAAAGUCUUAGAUGUGAAUGACAAUGCCCCAGAGUUCCCCAGAUUCUAUGAGGCUUUCGUCUGUGAGAAUGCCAAAGUGGGACAGCUGAUCCAGACAGUGAGUGCAGUGGACCAAGAUGACCCACACAAUGGUCAGCAUUUCUACUACAGCUUGGCCCCUGAAGCUGCUAACAACCCUAACUUCACCGUAAGGGACAACCAAGAUAACACUGCCCGGAUUCUAACGAGGAAGUCUGGCUUCCGGCAGCAAGAGCAGAGUGUCUUUUACCUGCCCAUCCUGAUAGCAGAUAGUGGGCAGCCAGUGCUCAGCAGCACUGGCACCCUGACCAUCCAGGUGUGCAGCUGUGACGACAACGGCCACGUCAUGUCCUGCAGCCCCGAGGCUUACAUGCUCCCAGUGAGUUUGAGCCGGGGUGCCCUCAUUGCCAUCCUGGCCUGCGUCUUUGUCCUCUUAGUGCUGGUGCUGCUCAUCUUGUCCAUGAGACGGCACCGGAAGCAGCCAUACAUCAUCGACGACGACGAGAACAUCCACGAGAACAUCGUCCGCUACGACGACGAGGGCGGCGGCGAGGAGGACACCGAGGCCUUCGACAUCGCGGCCAUGUGGAACCCCCGGGAGGCGCAGGCGGGAGCCGCCCCCAAGACGCGGCAGGACAUGCUGCCGGAGAUCGAGAGCCUGUCCCGCUACGUGCCUCAGACGUGCGCCGUGAGCAGCACCGUCCACAGCUACGUGCUGGCCAAGCUCUACGAGGCCGACAUGGACCUGUGGGCGCCGCCCUUCGACUCCCUCCAGACGUACAUGUUCGAGGGGGACGGCUCCGUAGCGGGAUCGCUGAGCUCCCUCCAGUCGGCCACUUCGGACUCGGAGCAGAGCUUCGACUUCCUCACAGACUGGGGGCCCCGCUUCCGGAAGCUGGCCGAGCUCUACGGGGCGUCGGAGGGGCCCGCGCCGCUGUGGUGACGGAAGCCGGGAGGCAGCGCGCGUCCAAAACUAGACGGUGUCCCCGCGGGCGCUGCGCGGGGGACUAGGGGCAGCCGACCGCCCCAGCGAUACUGUGCUGGAGGGUGAGAGUGGGGUGAGCCGGGAGGACACAGCUCUCUCUGGAUCAGCUUUACUUGGUCAGAUUAAGUUAAAAAUUCAAAAGGAAACCUUGGAAGAAGAGAGUAGAGUCUCCAUUUGUCUUUUUUAAUCCUUUUUAAUUUUUCUGACGCUGUAUUCAAGGACUUGGAGGCAAGCUCAGCUUUUCUUUGCCAUUUGUCAGGCCUGGCCUUUGUCACUUUGUCAGCACAAAAAGGUUCUGUCUUGGAUGUAGAGACGGCAGUGAAAAGCAGAAAGUGCUACUCUCAUGUUCGUUUUUUGUUUUUUGUUUUUUUCUCUUAUGCUCCAUUUAAGAGUUCUGUUGGCUUUUCAAACAGCGGAGACCAACACACAUGAGAAUACGUAUAAAUUGUUCCUGGGGGUGGAUGGAAUCUCUUUUAACGCGUUUUGAGACAAGGUUAAGACUGAAUCGGCCUUGCAUGGGGGGAUCGGGUGGGAGGGUGGGAGAAGAAAGAGACAAUGACUUUGUGCUCAAGUUUAAUGGCUGAACCAAGAGUUGCUGUCAUUACAGCUGAUCCAGCACCACCAAGUUAGAGUGCCCGUGUUCUCCUCUCAGCUCUUUUAACUGUGCCCCAGCAAAAUUGUUCAUAACAACACCAGAAGAUCUGCCUCUUUUGCACUGUAGAUGUCUCUUCCAUGUGCCAAAUGUGGAGAUUAGAUGCUACAAACGAAAGCCAAAUAAAAAGAAGUACCUGAUAAAAGCAUGGGUUAGAGGGCUUUCCUAAUCUGUGUGAGGUCAAUCCAAGGGAUGUUUACAUACUGUAGAUAACCUACUUGAACAAAAAUCAGUAUUAUAGAGAAUAAAUGGAUGUAAGAAAAUUACAUGUAUAAGUUUUGUAUAUUUGUUAAUAAUUUUGGUAAUAAAUAUGAUGUACUGCAUCUCAGUACCUUAGCACUUCUUUUAAUAAAAGUUAAAUAGAA